GAAAUAAUGUCAACAGAACGUGUACUGCCAGAGAAGAAUGAUCUACCUCCACCAUACUAUCAAAUAAGUCACGACUAUAUGCGACGUUACAAGCGUAAAAGUGAUUGUGUUCUGAUUUCACUGAUUGUUUCAGGCAUUACAAUGAUGCUUUUUGGUUUCAUUAUUAUCACGAUAGAUAUACCCUUAGACACGGAUGUAAAUCGAUGGGAUGUGAAAAGGCCUUUCUCAAGAUUAUUUUUCACUGAUAGAACUGUUCUGUUAAUUAGCAUGGAUGGUUUUCGACAUGAUUACAUAGAAAUGGCUAAAUCUCGUCUGGGCGCUAAUUCAUUGUUGAAUUUCGAUCGUUUAUUAGCUAACGGUGUACGAGCCAUGGAAUCGAUUAAUGCCUAUCCUACUAUUACCUUACCUAAUCAUCGUACUUUAGUAACCGGUUUAUAUCCAGAGAAUCAUGGAGUUAUAGGAAAUAAUUUGUUGGAUAAAAGCUGGCCUAAUGAAACUUUCAAUAUGGAUGAUCAAGAAAGUUUAAAUCAUGCCCCAUGGUUAACCAAUUGGUCUGAGCCGAUAUGGGUUACACUCCAAAAGCACGGUGGGUACGCUGGUUCAGUUUUAUGGCCUUUAACUGAUCAAUUUGUCGGCAAAGAUUUACCAUUUCAAUAUGUUUCACAGUUCACUUUACUUAAUAAUUAUGGCCAUCGUUAUGCGUAUGAUCAAAGAAUCAGAGAUAUUUUAUGGUGGCUGAAAAAUCCUAAAUUUCAUUUGAAUCUCAUCUUGGCGUAUUUCGAUGAACCUGAUGAAACUGGUCAUGAAUAUGGUCCAAAUAGUAAGGAAGUUGCAGAAAUGGUCCAAAGUUUAGAUAAAACACUCGGUACCCUUCUAGAUGGUAUUGAAAAAUUAGGUCUUACAGACAAAGUGGACAUUAUUUUAACUGCUGAUCACGGUAUGACUGAAACAUCGAAUAGUCGACUGAUUGGACUGGAUGAUUAUGUGGACAGUUCUUUGUACACGUAUACUCAGUUAUCAACAAUGGGCUUUCUUUAUCCUAAACCUGGAAUGUUUGAACUUGUUUAUCGGCGUUUGAAGAAUGCACAUCCUAAAUUAGAAGUUUAUCGAAGGGAAGAAGUCCCUGCCUAUCUGAAAUUCAAUGUCAGUCACUCUCGUAUGCCACCAUUAGUACUUAUUGCUAAACCUAAAUGGAAAAUUGUGAAGAAUGCCUCAUUUCCGUACGCGAAAGUUUCUGGUGACCAUGGUUAUGUGACAAAUUUCUCUGAAAUGCAUGCAUUCUUUAUUGCCAGUGGACCUGCUUUUAAAAUUGGUGAAACUGUACCAGCUAUUCAUUCUGUAGACGUCUAUGCAUUAAUGUGCGCACUUCUUAACAUUCCACCAAAUCCUAAUAAUGGUAGUCUAGAGCGUAUAUCAAGUAUACUAAAAUCUGAAGUGUCAAGCCAACUUUUUAGAGAAUAUCGAUGGUCAUCUGUGUGGAAGUGGAUUUCAGUUAAUUUACAAACUAUGCUGCUGAUGUCACUUAUAUGCGUUUUGUUUGUUAUCAUUUUAUUAUUUUUCGUCAUGAUUAUGCUGCAUCAUAAAUCAACAAAUUUAUCAUCUCCUGGAUCGAAUAAUGAUGAUGUUAGUAAAGAUUUCUCAGAUUUCAACAUAUAAGCCAACUAACUAUCCAUUGGAUGACAUUGGUUGACUUCUUAUUCAGUCAUUUCAUUUCCCUACCUUUAAGGGUUUUUUUUUAGGUGAACAGUUACAUAUGGCAUUAUUUUUGAUUCGGUCAGAUUCUUUACAUUCCAUUUUUCUCUCCACCCUUUUGAUUGAAUACAAUAACUACCAAAGACAAGAAUUAUUUGUUCUUUUUUUUCCCGGUCUCUGUCCUUUUCUUACACAAACUCAACAACUGUUUAAUUUGAACAUUGGAGAACUGUUUUCCCAUUGUUUACAUAAUGUUAACAUAUUGUUUAAGCUACCAGUGAUUUUCCCGUAUAAAAAUUGCAUAAAGAAUUGGUUAUACGUAGAUUUUGGCUGCUUAUUUCAUUGUUGUUUUUUUUAGUAUUAAUUCCUCCUUAUUUCAGGGCCAUCAUUUGCAGGAC